AUGGAGAUUGCUGCCCAUAUUUCCACUGGCAGCGAUCUUGGAGACAUGGGACACUCUCGCAACCACUUCAACAAGAUACUCACAACAAUGAAUGUUUGGAUUGACUUGCAAACUGGCAGAUUUUUCACAAGACCAUUACCAUCCACAUCAUUCCCACCACACUUUUAUAUAACAGCUGAUAAGAGCACUCCCCAACGAAUCUCCAACCAGGCUGUUAUGAUCUGCCCUAUGGUUAAUGGCAAGCGAGUUGCCAUUCCUGUAAACUCAUCUGUUGUUUACAGUACUGAUGACGACGGUAAUCCAGGGAGUGUGUCCGGCGGUUGUGCUGAUCAGUUGGCAAAGCAAAUAAUCAAGAAAACAUCAUGGCAAGGAACUUGUUGUGAUGGUCAGUAUCAGGCACAAGAAUUCAGAGAGACACUGCACAAUGAACUAAAUGUACCAGUUCAUCCAGUUUUCUCUGCAAUUGUUUAGGAUCUGUCGCAUUGGAUAAACUUGGCCAUCCUUGAUAUCCGUGACGAGAAGUGUGGAUCCUCAAGCUUAUAUCUCAAGUGCAUUGUUACAAGGGCAAAAAACAUUCAUACCAUGUUUCAACGUGGAAAGAUGUUAAGCAGUGCAAUUGCCCUUUCCAAGCAGAAUGAUCUCGAGCUAAGAAUGACCAAAGGUAGCUGCAUUACACGAUUUUGGUCAUCUCAAUUUCAAGAAUUUGAAAUUAUUAUCCAAAGUUUUGCAGCUUACGUCCAAGCCUUCAGAGCUUUUGGCUACAGUGAAGUGCGAGAAUACAAGAUUCUUGGCGAGGAUUUUGUCAUUGACUUGUGUUGUGUCACUGAUGUCAUGAGAAUUGUCAUCGAUUUGAUGGUGAAGCUUCAAAGCCUGAGCUGUCCAUGCUGGAAAAUAUGUAUUUGGUUUCCAUCUGUAAAGAAGUUUCUUGAACAACUGGAACAUGUCAGUAUUGCAAGCCCACCAGGAAGCAUGAAGGUUCUCAAGGCCAACAUUAAAGAUAUCAUGGAAGAACAGAAGUUCAAAGAUCAGUGUCUCGUGACCCGGUGGUUGCUGGAGUCCCACAAUGAAACACAUGAUGAGCGGAAGGCAAGGGAGUUGGAAGAUUGUGAGGCAGAUUUACAUCAAUUUAUUGUUGAUGUGAUCCAAUCCCUAGAAUCUCGAUACAUAAACUGUGUGCCGGACAUGUGCAAGUAUUUCACAGCUAUAGAUCUAGAAUGUCUUUUCUGCUUACUGGUUGGAACACGACAGAAUGGCAAGCCAUCAAUUUCAGAGGCCAAACUUGAAGAAUUUGGGGCAGAAUAUUUUAAGAAAAUCAUGGAGUAUGUAUGCUCUCAGGAGCAUGUUGCAGCGGCAAUCAAGGAAGGAUCACUAGACAUUGAUUCCAGACUAAGUCAUGUGAUACACCAAAGGCUUAAGCAAACAUUAAAGAAUAUCUUAUGGAAUAUGAAAGAAACAAUGGUUAAUUGGUUCUAUGUUGUCAAGAAAGAAAAGAAAUGCUUUGUCGCAGUGAGAAAUGCUUUGUCGCAGUGUUUAAUGGUGACGAAAGGGAACAUGUUGUGA